GAUAGAGGAAAUAUAAUUUAAAAAAGUAAACAAAACCACGAGGAAAGAAUGUAGGGUCGCCGAUUACCGUGGACAUGCACCAAAAAUACACGGACUGAGCUAGUGCAGUAAAACCGAACUAACUCCUCCACUCCACAAUGAACUUAAACCCACGCGCCGCCGCCAGCACGACCAAUGAAGUGAUCAAAUCAAUCCUCAAGUCCCUAGAAGCGGGUCAUAUCCUAAAAGCCGCAUCCACUCUCUUGGCGUUCCCACUACCAUUCCCUUUCUCUCUCUACGCCCACUUCUUCCGUCAUUGUUCUUCCCUAAAAGACAUCGUCGCAGCCCGCAAGGUUCAUUUCCACUUAACCACCACAUCUCCCAACCCACCCACUUUCCUCCUCAACCGCGCCCUCGAAGCCUAUGCUAAAUGCUCCUCUCUUCGCGACGCUAGGGAACUGUUCGACGAAAUGCCACAACGAGAUGGUGGCUCCUGGAACGCCUUGAUCACCGCUUAUUCUCGAUUGCGGUUUCCAAACGAAGCCCUUUCGUUGUUCCUUUCCAUGAAUAGGUCUAAUGUUCGUGCAAAUGAAGUUACCUUUGCAAGUGUUCUUGCUUCCUGUGCUGCUGUUUCUGAGCUUCCUCUCUCUCAACAGGUUCACGGGCUUGUUCUAAAAUUUGGUUUUUGUGACAAUGUGAUAAUUGGAAGUGCCUUUGUUGAUGUUUAUGCUAAAUGCGGGGUUAUGCUUGAUGCUCGCAGGAUGUUUGAUGAAAUUCCUCUUCGCAAUGCUGUCACUUGGAAUGUUAUUGUGAGGCGGUAUCUUGAUGUUGGUGAUGCAAAGGAAGCUGUUUUGAUGUUCAAGCGUAUGUUUUCAGCUAGAGUUAGGCCUUUGAAUUUUACAUUCUCUAAUGCUCUUGUUGCUUGUUCCAGUAGGCAUGCGCUUGAGGAGGGGAUGCAAAUUCACGGGGUUGUUGUGAAAUGGGGACUCCAUGAGGAUAAUGUUGUUUCGAGCUCACUUAUCAAAAUGUAUGUCAAGUGUGGUGAAUUGGAGAAUGGUUCUAGGGUUUUUCAUCAGCUUGGUUCAAAAGAUUUGGUGUCAUGGACUUGCAUUGUGUCAGGGUAUGCAAUGAGUGGGAAAACUUGGGAGGCAAGAAAGCUUUUUGAUGAGAUGCCUGAACGAAAUGUGAUCUCAUGGAAUGCUAUGUUGGCGGGGUAUACUCGAUUCUUUAAAUGGUCUGAGGCAUUAGAUUUUGUUUGUUUAAUGCUUGAGAAUGUUAUGGACGUGGAUCAUGUCACUCUUAGUUUGAUGUUAAAUGUGUCUGCGGGCCUUUCUGAUCAUGAAAUGGGGAAACAGCUUCAUGGUUAUGUCUAUCGACAUCGUUUCCAUUCAAACCUUAUGGUCGGCAAUGCCCUUCUUGACAUGUAUGGUAAAUGUGGGAACUUGAACAGUGCCAGAGUUUGGUUUCACCUGAUGAGUAAUUGGCGUGACAGGGUUUCUUGGAAUGCUUUAUUGGCAAGCUGUGGUCAUCAUCAUCUAAACGAGCAAGCACUAACAAUGUUUUCAGAGAUGCAAUGGGAGACAAAACCAAGCAAGUAUACUUUUGGAACCCUAUUGGCAGCUUGUGCAAAUACUUUUGCUCUCCGCCUUGGUAAACAAAUUCACGGAUUCAUUAUUAGACAUGGAUUUCAGAUAGAUACUAUAAUCACGACUGCUUUGAUUUACAUGUACUGUAAAUGCUACAAUCUUGAGUACGCUGUUGAGGUUCUGAAGGGGGCCGUUUCUAGGGAUGUGAUCAUGUGGAAUACCUUAAUUUUGGGGUGUUGUCACAAUCAUAGGGGACGAGAUGCACUUGAACUUUUUGGGAUAAUGGAAGCAGAAGGCAUCAAACCAGACCAUGUGACUUUUGAGGGCAUUCUUCUUGCUUGUGUUGAAGAAGGCCUUGUUGAGUUUGGCACCCAAUGCUUUAAGUCUAUGAGCAAUGAAUACCAUGUCGUGCCUCGGCUUGAGCAUUAUGACUCCAUGAUUGAACUCUACAGUCGGCAUGGUUACAUGGAUGAGCUCGAGAAUUUUAUGAAAACUCUGAAAACAAUGACAAUAGAGCCUACUCUUUCCAUGUUGGAAAGAGCCCUUGAUGCUUGUCAGAAACAUGAGUCCCCAAGUUUGGGAUCAUGGAUUGCCGAAAAAAUUAAUGAAUUUGAGCAUUAAUUGAUUCAAACAUGCAAAAUGCAUGCAUCAUAGCAGGGAGUUUAUCUUUGUUUUUGGCACACCCGUUUUAAGACUGAUAGCAAGUAUACAAUGGAAUAUGACAAUGAUCAAAGUCCUGUCUGUAAUGAUGACAAUUUGAUUUUCUGGUUUUGCUGAAAGACAAUGGGCAGGAUUUAAGGUGUACAAGGAGGAGUCUAUUUUUCAUGUUGCAAUCAUAUGCAAAGAGGAAGGACAGACUGCACUUUUACCACAAUAUUGCCAAUUGAUAAUGGCUUUGAGGGACAGUUAGCAGACUAUGAAUUCAUGAUUCAUUUGAGGAAAUUAGUUAACAACAAAAAAAUACAAUAAAAUAAAUUUGGGGAGUAUUCUAUCUGGGAAAAACCUGAUUAAUGUUUUUAUAAUAAGCACAAUGAAGCCUUUUCUGCUUCGGAAUUGAGUUUUGAUGAAGUUAUAAUUCAUAACUGUUUGGAACUGCAAGUAUAGACUGUGAUGGAUAAUUUGUCUUAAGAAUUUGGGUUGGGCCCAGAUCAAUUCCACAAAAUCGUCUUGUAAGUUGAGGGAUGUCCACCACUUAAAUCACUAUUCUGGCUCAACCAUUAUUCAAUGUGAGACCCUCAACACACCUCCUCAUCCCCAAGACUAGAUAUGUAAAGCGUGACACAAAUGGUCUGAUAAUGGGUGACCCAACGGAUUAGGAAAGACUCUGAAGUCAUCUUAAAAUUUGAGUUGCGUCUAACUCAACCCCACAUAACCGGGCUAGUAUGGUGAGGGAUGCCCACCACCUAUAACCACUAUGCAGGGCAUAUCAUUACCCAAUGUAACACUCUUAACCAAUUUGUUAAAAAAUGGAAAGGAUUGUGUGUGUUGGCUUGCAUGGUGAGGUCUACCUCAAGUAACCAAAAUUACCCAGUAAGGACCAUGUUUAACCACAUGUUGGGCUUCUCCUCGGCAAGAUAUUUAGACAGAAAGCUGAUAAUCAAUUGUUUAAUAGGAUCCUUUGGUUUAUAAACCGUUUUUCUCGCCUGCUGUUCCUUAGUGUGGGUCAUCCACAUCCUUCAAGGAAUAGGAUCAUUGGGGAACCUGUGUUCUCCACCUUUGUGUUGUUUUCUCUCAUUGAAAGACAUUUUUGUUCUUCUCCCAGUAUCUGGUUCUCAAUUUCCCAGUUCUUGUCUGAAGACUUCCCAACAUGUCCAUUUUUCAAGCUCUUAUUUGGAGAAGAAAUUGAUAUUACUCUGCAUUUUUGUGGCUCUCCAUUGUGACUUUUACAUAACACUUUUGUGGCAUUGCAUAUUUUGUAUGAUUCAUAUUUGUAUUAUUGGCUAACUUUUUCCGUUUUUGAGCAGUGUAUGAACUUGCAUACUAUAAAUUUGCAUGAGUUAUCAAUGUUCUUUGCAUAUUGAAAUGAGCCUCUAUCCCCGUUGUGUUCUCUUUUUGUUUUGAGAUGUUGCAGAUACAAAUUUAUUGUCCCAUUUCAGCUAUGGAGCUAAAGAUAGUUGUAUCUUCACCAAUUACAAAUAUUCAGGUUUAAUUGUUUUGCAUUUGUUUUGAAGUGCUCAACUCAACAUAAUAUUUGAGUUGCUGUUGUUAUUCUCAGGAUUCAGCUCCUUUACUGGCAUUGGCAACUCACACACGCCAAUUGGUUUUUGUUCUUUCAGGUGAGCUCAUCUGCAAGGUGGUGCUCUCAAAAUGAUUGACGAAGAAACAGUUAUGGUCGAGUCAUUAUUGUGCCUCUGACGUGUUGGUGCUGAUGUUUGUGUGGAGACGGAAUUUGUUACAGCUAAAUUUGUAAUAGUUGAUCUCACGAGGAGUUAUUAAGACUGAAUUUGAUCAUAUCUCAAAGUAUAUUAGGCCAUACUUGAUAUUUCUUAGUUUACUCGGCAAUCAUUGUUAUCAUCAGUGCACUGGCACUGCAGUUUGCCAGUAUAUAUAGCUAGCAAUAGGGCUGUUCGUGAUUGUUUUUUUUAAAAACCAAACCAUAUCCAUUUUAAAAUCAA